GUGUGACUGAGAAGCCCGGCCCACGGUUCAGAGCCCAUGAGUCGGAGAGCCAGAGUCCGGGUGGAGAUCGCAGGACCCAUAGAGGCAAGAAGAGAUGAACAAAUAGUCCCCAGCGCCUCCUGCGGGCCGCAGUUAGGCCCAUGGUCGCCGCCACCACCAGGGCGGGCUGAGCCGGGCCAGGCCGGGCUGGCGCGUGGACCUGGGCCCGGCAGCUCUAAUUGCAACGCUCCUGUUGAUGAUGAUUUUUUUUUUUAAAUCACAGCAGCCCCCAGUUUAGCGGACUGAUUUACUCCGGGUAUUGGUAAAUAUGAUCACGUGGGCCGCGCGACCAAUGGUGGUGGCUGCAGCCUGCGAACUAGUCGGCGGCUCGGGCGCCGGCGAGGAGCCGCUCGGCGGUGGGCAGUGUAACCUUGGGUGGGAGCGCGUGGCGCCUCAACAUGUCGUCCAGUGGCACCCUCAGCAACUACUACGUGGACUCGCUCAUAGGCCAUGAGGGCGACGAGGUGUUCGCCGCGCGCUUUGGGCCACCGGGGCCGGGGACACAGGGCCGGCCCGCAGGUGUGGCCGAUGGCCCGGCCGCCGCCGCCGAGUUCGCCUCGUGUAGUUUUGCCCCCAAAUCGUCCGUGUUCUCCGCCUCGUGGUCCGCGGUGGCCGCCCAGCCCCCGGCGGCGGCGACGAUGAGCGGCCUGUACCACCCGUACGUGUCCCCGCCGCCCCUGGCCGCCGCCGAGCCGGGCCGCUACGUACGCUCCUGGAUGGAGCCGCUGCCCGGCUUCCCCGGCGGCGCGGGCGGUGGCGGUGGCAGUGGUGGCGGCGGUGGUGGUGGCGGAGGCCCCGGUCCCGUUUCCAGCCCCGGCGGCCCAGCCAACGGGCGCCACUACGGGAUUAAGCCUGAAACCGGAGCGGCCCCGGCCCCCGCUGCAGCCUCCACCUCCUCCUCCUCCACCUCCUCGUCCUCCUCCUCCAAAAGGACUGAGUGCUCUGCGGCCCGCGAGUCCCAGGGGAGCGGCGGCCCAGAAUUCCCGUGCAACUCGUUCCUGCGGGACAAGGCAGCGGCGGCGGCGGCGGCAGCAGCAGGGAACGGGCCCGGGGUGGGAAUCGGGACCGGGCCUGGGGCGGGAGGCUCGUCCGAGCCCUCAGCUUGCAGCGAUCACCCGAGCCCGGGCUGCCCGCUGAAGGAGGAGGAGAAGCAGCCGCCGCAGCCGCCGCAGCAGCAACUUGACCCAAACAACCCUGCAGCGAACUGGAUCCACGCUCGCUCCACCCGGAAAAAGCGUUGUCCCUACACCAAAUACCAGACGCUAGAGCUGGAGAAAGAAUUCCUCUUCAACAUGUACCUCACCCGGGACCGGCGCUACGAGGUGGCCAGGAUUCUGAACCUUACAGAGAGACAAGUCAAAAUCUGGUUCCAGAACCGUAGGAUGAAAAUGAAAAAGAUGAGCAAGGAGAAAUGCCCCAAAGGAGACUGACCCAGGGCGGCCGGCCUGCCGAGCUCAAAAGGCAGCGGGUUUUGGGUUUUUUGUUGUUGUUUUCUUUGUGGGUGCUUGAUUCAGAAACUCUGCAGCGACUCGGACUUUCUUCUUCUUCUUUUUUUUUUUUUUUAA